AUGGACUCACGCCACUGCUCUUUGCAGCUACUCAACAGUUGCCUCAUAUCGUCAAAUGUCUCAGAUUGUUCAUUGGACGUGGGGCUAACCCUCACGCAACUGAUCCCGAAGGCCGAGGCGUGUUACACUGUGCUUUCGCCGCUCCAGAGUUCUUUGACGACUGGUUGUUCAGCUGAUGCAGCGAUCUGGUAUGCACGGGAAUUCUUCAACACAGAAGAUGACUCUCACAAGGAGGACUACGAUGACGAAGGCGCCGACCCUGGACCACUUCAAGACAAUAUAGUCAACGAUAUGUUCAAUGAAGCGGAUAGCGCAGCGAAUGAGUACAGCAUCGAUUAUAUUCUCUGUGAAAAUGAUGACGGCGCCCUGGAGAUGAUUCGGAAUCCGAUGCAGGUACUCAAAAAGCGUACAAUGUUCAAGCUGCUCACCUUACUCCAACUUGGAUGUGACCCGAAUGUCGUCGACCAUGAGGGUCUGUCACCGAGUGACACUGCGAUGGGAUGCGGUCUCUGGCCACAAUGGCGCUGGGCACUCCUCAAUACUGGAUACAUUCAUCACAGACAGCAUGGAUGGGUGAAGAGCUCCUUAUUUGAGUGA